AUGCUAGAUUUGGUGCUGGUCACCGUUGUUAUCAUGCUGGCCAUGAGUAUCAUGCGUCAAAAGCGUUCUCAAUUUAAAACUCUAACUCCAUCAACAACAACAGUUCCUUGGGGUCCUCGUCGUUGGCCAAUAAUAGGUAAUCUUCUUCAAUUAGGCUAUCGUCCAUAUGAAACAAUUUUUCGUUGGUCGAAAAUGCUAAAGUAUGGGCCGAUAUUUCGUCUUCAACUUGGCUCACAAAUGGUUGUAGUACUCAAUUCAACAUCAGUUAUUCGUGAAGCAUUACAUGAUCAUAGCGAAGCAUUUGCUGGUCGCCCAUAUUUACAUAUGAUUCAUGAAACAUUACAUGGUAAAGGCGUUAUUUCAGCUCCAUAUGGACGCGAAUUUAAUGAACACAAAAAAUUCUUGAUCAAAAGUUUCAAUCGAUUUGGUCGCAGACGGCGUUCAUCAUUAGAAAAUGGUUGUCUCAAUGAAGUACGUUUAAUAGCUGAAAGACUUCGAGAAAAACAACCUGCACCAUUCCGAAUUGGCAAUAUGUUAAGUGAAAUAGCUUGCAACAAUAUAUGUACCCUUACAUUCGGUAGAUAUUUUGAAACAAUGAAUAUGGCACAUCUAUUUGAGAAAAUAAAUGAAAAUUUCAAUCAAACAGCAACAAUAGCAUGCUUUAAUUUCUUACCAUUUACUCGACGAUUUAAAAAGAAUAUAUUUGAAAAUGUUAAAGAUUGCAAUCGUGUUAUCCAGAAAUUAGUUGAUGAACGUGAAACCAAUUUUGAUCCUGAACUAGUUAACAGUAUCGUCGAUGCUUAUAUAAAUGAUAUGGGAAAACAUCGAUAUUUUUCAAAACAAAAUCUCGACUCACUUGUUCAAGAUCUUUUUGUUGCUGGAACAGAAACAAUAUCAAAUACAUUGAACUGGGCAAUAUUCUAUAUCGUAGCACAUUCAGAUGUGCAAGAAAAAGUUCAUGAAGAAAUCGACCGUCUCAUUGGUAAAGAUCGACCACCAUGUGAAAAAGAUCGCAAUCAAAUGCCUUACAUUGAAGCUGUCUUACUGGAGUCAUUGCGUUGUCAUUGCGCUGGACCUAUAUUAUUGCCACGAGCUACAACGCAUGAUAUUACAUUUAGAAAUUACUUUAUUCCAAAAGAUACAUUUAUAUUAGUCAAUAUGUGGUCAGCUAUGAAAGAUGAAGAACAAUGGUCGGCACCAGAUGAAUUUAGACCCGAAAGAUUUUUAGAUGAAAACAAUAGUUUAAAAGAUGCCAAUCAUCCAGCAAUGAUGCCAUUUAGUGUGGGUAAACGAGCUUGCACGGGUGAACAAAUUGCAAAAAUACAAUUGUUUUUAAUAUUGGUCAGCUUAUUUCAAAAAUUUGAAUUUCGCUUUGUUGAUGGUUGGAGACCAAAGAACCUACGUGGCGAACCUGGUAUUACACUACGACCACCCAAUUGCCAAUAUCAAGCAUUUGUUCGAUGA